AUGUGUCAAGAGCGUUGCGCCCAUCCACACGAUGGGUUCGACGACCCGCUUGCCAAUCCAGAGCCGUCUAUCCGUAAGGGCACACAAGAAGAUUCCGAUGAAGAAGCGUUGAACGACGUGGACGCUGAAUGGGGUGAACUCUCCCAGGAGCUCCCAAAUCGCAACGGCGGUAAUGUCGACUCAUGGGAUCUGCUUGGACGCCGCGCAGAGGAUAACGUUGAUUAUACAAAAAGUGGAUUAUCAGUAGGUACGCGCAACAUUGGGUCUGUUACUUCGUACAAGCAGGUCGAGAUCAAGCAAAGGUUGCUUUGGGACACCUUUGUCGACCACUUCAAGGGUGUAUCCGACAACGAGCCUCUACGGAGGCAGUUGCUCCUCCACGUUGACGACAAAGCAGAUACCACUGUCAUCAUGUCCAUGUGUGCCAAAGUUGAGCGCAUUGCUAGCGACCUUGGCAUAGCCUCCGUUGUCAUUCGGGCAGCUCCUACAGGGGUUGCUGCUUGCAAUUUUGGUGGUAGCACUUUACAUUCGCUUCUUCGACUGCUAGUAAAGGAAAAGGUACACCAAGCACUGUCGCCCGGUAACCUUCGUACACUGCAAGAAAUGUUUCGUUCUCUCCAAUAUUCCAUCAUCGACGAAAAGUCCAUGGGGCCGUUGCGCAAGUCGACGUGGAUUUGA